CCAUGUGAGGUUAACUGGUGGUCCUAAAUUGGUCUGGACUGGUGUAUUGGAAAGAAAUGUGUACACGUCAGAGAAAUUCAUUAACGAUAUCUCAAUAGAAUAUUAACAUGGAUGUGCUUUAGUCCAUAAAUUCAAAACUAACGGGAAAAAAAAUUAUAGUCGAAUUCCUUAGACAGGUGCGCCCCUACGGUGCUCCUUUCUGGUGUGUGCAGGUAGUGAGAACGGUGUGUGUGUGAGCGCGCGCGCUGAUAAUGAUCAGCGCGCCCACGUAAACGCGAACGCGCACCGCCUAUUUUCUCUCUCGCUCGCUCGCUCCCUCCCACUUUCCUGCCUCUGUUGUGUGUGCGCAUCUGUGAUUCUCCACCCUUCGCAGCAAUCUCCUGCGAGGCUGAGCACUACGUAGAAAGACUAGAAUACCAUUAUCAUCGUCAGCUCAGACAUUAGAUUCGGAGAAGCGAAGGACAAGAAGGGAGGGGUGAGAGUGUGUUUGUGAGGGAGAGAGAGAGUGAGAGAGAGAGCUGGCGACCGCAUGCACGGUGUUGCGGGAUUCCGUUAAUACUAGCCACUAGUGCGUUUUUUUUUUUCAAAAACGUUUGCAAAUACACAAUAAGAAGGACAGAUUGCGUAUCACCAACCGGUCAGCAAAAAUGGAAGGAAUGGCAUAUGGAGCCGGGAAAGCGGGCGGAGCGUUCGACCCCCAGACCUUCUUUCGACAGCCAUAUACGAUAUUAAGAAUGGUGUCAUGGGUGUUCUCCAUUGUAAUCUUCGGCUCCAUCGCUAAUGAAGGCUACGUGAACCGUCCGGAUGAAGUGGAAGAGUUCUGCAUAUUCAACCGGAACCAGAAUGCCUGCAACUAUGGCGUGACCAUGGGGACGCUGACCUUCCUGACGUGUUUGGCAUUCCUCGCCCUUGAUGUCUACUUCCCACAGAUCAGCAGCGUCAAGGACCGAAAGAAGGCAGUGCUGACCGAUAUGGGAGUGUCUGCUUUCUGGUCAUUUAUGUGGUUUGUGGGCUUCUGCUUCCUGACCAACCAGUGGCAGGUAUCCAAACGAGAAGACAACCCUUUGAAUGAAGGAGCCGACGCAGCACGGGCCGCCAUCGCAUUUGCCUUCUUCUCCAUCUUCACCUGGGCCGCCCAGUCAUUCCUAGCAUUCCAGAGAUACCGGCUUGGAGCAGAUUCAGCCCUGUUUUCUCAAGACUACACGGAUCCCAGUCAAGAUGCAUCAGUGCCCUACAGCAACUACACUGGAGGAGACGGGCUGGACAGCCCACCCAACAGCACUCCCUACCAGCAGACUUCCUCGGAUGCCUACGAUGGCUCUUCUGGCUACCAGAGCCAAGGAUACUAACAUUGCACAAAGGGUAGGGGGAAAGAUGGAGGAAGACCUAAUGGACGUCAGUGGGGGGCAAAUGGGGCUGUGUGUACAGGUGUGUGUUAUUUCCAUCAGCCACUAAUAAAGCACAACCCCCUCCCUGCCGCCCCCCCCUAGUUAAAUUGCCCCCCACCCUCUCCAUUUUCCUGCCAUUCAAGGUCAGGCAACUGACUUGAAGUUGAGAAGCCAACUGAGUGAACAGGUUUGAGUCAUUUUUAUUCGUGAGGUCCAGCUCAACCACUCGACCCUACAAGGGGGAGGCGGAGUCAGGGGAGGGGCAGGCUGACAUCAUUAUCUGGAUUUCCUGCUUAGGCAGCCAGUCAGAAUACACAGCACGGGCUCUUAAACUCAGGAGAAGCCACCCCUCUCUCAAUUGAUUUAGAACCAGUUUGGACUGGUUGUAUGUGGGGCCGCAGGGCAGCCUCCUGGAGGAGGAAUACACCAAGGGUCCAUUUGGAAGAGCCAGACGUACUCUGUGCAGUUGUUUCUUACGGAGAGGAUAUAUUUAUGUGUAGUUAUCGGCGAUGUGGCAUGGCUGCUAGCUGACAGCUACCAGACAAUGGUCAGCAGGGGGCCCUUGGAAGUGUGAGGGGGUUGUGAUUGUCCUGAUGGAAAUGAUACACCUGGGUAGGCUUAGUCCACUAUCUAAUGACAAGACUUUGUGUGUUUUCCUUUGCAGAAAUGACUACAAGAAGAGAAAAAAAUACUGCAUGUUAUUUUGUUUUAUUUUGCAAAACAACAUUUAAAAACUUAAUGGUUGGUGGCUGCUUUCAUUAGGGGUUGAUGACUAGCAAUUUAGCCAACCAGUGCUACUGUUUGCUUCUUUGACAAUUUCAGGUAUCCCACUACUGACACCAUGUUUGAAUUUAGUGAGUAAUUUGUCUAUCCUAUAAUUUACAUCAUGACUCCAUAAUUAUUUAACCCUGUUGUAUACCCCACUUUUAACUUUUUUUUAUACACCAUUCUUUACAAUUAUGAUUUUUGUCUAAUUUGUGCAUCCCAUAUGUUGUAGCAUUUUGCUUUAUUCAUUAUAUGAAGUAACCCACCAGCAAUCAACUGAAAUCCAUUGAGGAGUUAAUGUAGCCCACCAUUCUCAUCUUUUCCUUCACAUGGGAUUUCAUUUUUAACAUUCCUGUGUGUCCCUCCCAUGACAUCCUCACCAUUUCCUUCACAUAGGAUUCCAUGAAAGACAUGCCAACCUGUCCAAGUCCAUGAUGGCUAUUUUAAAUAGAUGGACUGCAAACAUCAUUUUCUUCAUAUAGAAUGUAAUGUGUCUUACCACUAACACUUUUCUGCACCAUUGAGGAGUUCAAGUAUCCUGCCAUUCAUGCCAACUCUCUGUAUAGCACAUUAUGCAUCCCACUAUUGCCACCUUUUCUUCUUCUUCUUUUGGCUGCUCCCAUUAGGGGUCGCCACAGUGGAUCAUCUUGUUCUGUAUCUUCCUGUCCUCGUCAUCUUGUUCUGUCAAACCCAUCACCUGCAUGUCCUCUCUCACCACAUCCAUAAACCUUCUCUUGGGCCUUCCUCUUACCUGGCAGCUCCAUUUUUAACGUCCUUUUUCCAACAUACCCAGCAUCUCUCCUCUGCACAUGUCCAAACCAAACCUUUUUUCUCAUUAAGGAUUUUUAUUUUCCCAGUGCUAAAUCCAUUUACUUCUUGUAGCAGUUUUCACUAUGUCCCACUUGGGAUAGGUUUUCUUUUCCUCCAUGAGGAUUUUAUGCAUCUCACUCCUAACCCCACUAUUUUCCCCGUUUGUAGUUUAUUCAUUGCCAGUGCUGGCAAUAUACCUUCUAUAUAUCAUCUAAUACCAUUUUUUAUGCUAAUGCACCACUUGCAAAUCUUUGUUUUUCUUCUGGAAAUAUUUCACAUAUCCCACUGCUAACACCAAUUUUGUGAGAUGGGAAAAUUCAAAUUAAUAAUUUUAAUAGUAAUAUAUUUCAUUUACUACCUCUGAUAUCACAUAUGUCUGGGUAACACAGUGGUGGAGUAGUAAGCAAUGCUGCCUCACAGAUUCACCAUCCAGGUUUUGAAUCCCCAUUUCUUUGUAGCUGCAAGGGUUUUCCUCCCACACCCCAAAAGACGUGCAGAUUGGAUUAAUACAUGAUUCCAAAUUGGUCCCCCGAGUGUGAAUACAAGUACAAGUGAAUAUAAUUGGUCCAGAUCUGUUGUUUCCUGCUGGGACAGCACUUAACACCCCGUGACCAUGAAUUGGAUUAAGCAGGACAUCACUUAAAGCCACCGAGAAAUUCUAUCAAAUUACCAAAUAUUUUUUUCUCCAUAUUGAAUCUCCUACAUCCCAGUUGCUGUCUCCAUUUAUAUCAUUUUUGGUUUCUGAAAAAAUUUUGAAACACU